UUUUUCGCUGCACACACAUGACACAUAUAUGUACAUAUAAUAUGUAUAUACAGGUCUCUGUGUGUGUAUAUAUUGUUAAGAAGUUGUGCGUGGAGUUGUGAAGCAGUUGUAGAUUGUACCAAAAAUCUGUUGCAACUGUAAAUUGGGGAGGGAGACCUGUUUUGGCAGUAAUGGUGACCCAAUUUGACCUCCCAGCUGGACGAAAUACCCAAUCAGCCCUCGCUUCUCGUCUCGGAUUCUACCAAUCGUUGGACUGAAAAUAUACUUUUCCGAUGGGAGUCAAUUGACUUUCUCGAUGUUGAUUUCUGGUGGUACGGCGGGGUAGUAGUGUUAUCUUGUUUGGUGUAGUGGUGGAAGCUUGAUUGUUGUCGGUUAGGUAUGGAUUUUGUUGAGGAGGUAGCGGAGAGUUCGUCGCCGCCGCGAAGCUACGGCGGGGGAGGAGGAGGAAACGGAAGUGGGGGAGGAGGGAACGAGGUAAUCAGAAACGAUGUUUAUAAUCGUCUUGUCGAGAAUCGAAUUGAAGAGGUGAUUACUAAUCCUAAUUUCCGCGGGCAGUUGGAGAGCCACUUCAGUCGCCUGCCUCACAGUUACGGGCUGGAUAUCAACAUGGAUCGAGUGGAAGACGUCUUGCUGCAUCAAAAGCUUCUUGUAAGGGCAAAGGAGGAGACCAUUCAACCUGUUUUCCACAUCCGUUUCAUCGAGCAUGUUUCGACUAGAGGUGAUGAUUUUGAUGGAGAAUUAGUUGCUAGUGUACCCCCAAUCUUAUUAGAACAUGAUACUGCCACAAAUGGUAUCCAAUCUUCUAAUGAGAGAAACAAGAAAUCGGGUGGCGAUGAGACUUGUUCUAAGCUUGAGGAUCUCAACUUGGAAGUUAGGAGGAAUUCUUAUGGCAUAAAGAGGGAGAAUUCUGCAGAAGAUAUUUGUGAAAGGCAGGAAGCAUCAUACACCCCAAUUCACGAAGUUAUAUUUUCAACUGUCGACAAGCCAAAGCUUCUUAGUCAGCUCUCUGCACUGCUCUCCAACAUAGGACUUAACAUUCGUGAAGCCCAUGUAUUUUCCACAACAGAUGGCUACUCUUUAGACGUGUUUGUUGUCGAUGGAUGGCAUACUGAGGAUACAGAAGGCUUAUAUGAAGCUGUGAGAAAAGCAAUUGAUGAAGGCGAGGGAUCGUGGUCAGGUUCUUCACGCUCUCACUCACUUGUGGAGAAAGCCUUCCCCACACAAACAGAUCGCGAGGAUUGGGAAAUCGACUGGAGAUUAUUGAAGAUAGGUGAAAAAAUUGCUGCUGGAUCUUGUGGAGAUUUGUAUCGUGGAGUAUAUCUUGCCCGGGAUGUUGCUAUCAAGAUCCUUCGAUCCGAACAUCUGUACAAUUCUCUGGAAGCUGAGUUUGCACAGGAGGUUUCUAUUCUAAGGCAGGUGCAGCAUGAGAAUGUUGUUAGUUUCAUCGGGGCUUGCACAAAGACACUGCACUUGUGCAUAGUAACCGAGUACAUGCCCGGUGGAAGCUUAUACGAAUACCUGCACAAGCAUCAUCACUCCUUGAAGACACCGCAAUUACUGAAGUUUGCACUCGACAUAUGCAAAGGGAUGGAGUACCUGCAUCAACAGAAUGUCAUCCACCGGGAUCUAAAGACUGCAAAUUUGCUAAUGGAUAAUUGCAAUGUUGUUAAAGUAGCAGAUUUCGGAGUCGCUCGGUUCCUGAAUAAGGGAGGGGUGAUGACGGCAGAGACGGGGACUUAUCGGUGGAUGGCCCCGGAGGUGAUAAAUCAUGAUCCGUACGAUCAAAAGGCAGAUGUGUUUAGUUUUGCAAUCGUUCUUUGGGAGCUUGUGACGGCCAAGGUUCCAUACGACACGAUGACACCUUUACAAGCCGCGCUUGGAGUCAGACAGGGUCUUCGACCGGAGGUGCCAAAGAAUGUGCACCCGAAAGUGGUGGAGCUGAUGCAGAGAUGCUGGGAAGGUCUCCCGGACAAGCGGCCUUCGUUCAGCGAAAUCAGACCAGAAGUGGAGGAACUCCUCCUGCAGGAAGCAGUAAAGAAGAAGUAACUGAUUGGAUGGGAUCAUUCAUUCGUUCAUUCAUUUCAGAUGAAUUGUGCAGACGAAUUCUUAUCCAACGGCUGCUGAUUGUGUAUCUGUCUUUAAACAAACUUUACCACGGUGAGCCGCUCCCCCCUUGUCCUCUUCUAUGUCUUCUUCUAAUCUUCUUUUUAGAGAGAGAGAGAGAGAUAUGUUAAUGCUACAAUUCAUUAGAGAGAGAGUUUAGUCGGGGGUGGGGGUGGGGGUGGGGUGUGUUUUUGGUUUAAGAAUUUUGGGAAAUUAAGUGAUGGAAGAGAGAGAGAGAGAGAGAGAGAGAGAGAGAGAGAGAGAGAGAGAGAGAGAGAGAGAGAGAGAGAGAGAGAGAGAGAGAAGGAUGAUUUUGAGCAAAUCCUUGUGUGGUAGCUAACAAACAAAUUGUCAAAUUUGUGGGUUGAUGUGAUGUGAUGAGUUCAAAUAACAAAUUUGGGUUGAGUUUAUUUCCAUAA